AUGACAGAUGGAGUGACCGAAGAAUUUGGUCAGAGUACGACUGAAUACCCAGAACACACAGAUGAAUUAUCCGAUGGAGGAUUUGGAGGUUCGACUUCAGAAGACUCGGGUGAAUUUACGGAAGGGUCCACCGAGAAUUGGUUGACGGGUGUGGAUGUGACCACAGAGCAUUUCGACGAUUUCACAGAUGGAGUGACGGAAGAAUUUGGUCAGAGUACGACUGAAUACCCAGAACACACAUAUGAAUUAUCCGAUGGAGGAUUUGGAGGUUCGACUUCAGAAGACUCGGGUGAAUUUACGGAAGGGUCCACCGAGGAUUGGUUGCCGGGUGUGGAUGUGACCACAGAGCGUUUGGACGAUUUCACAGAUGGAGUGACGGAAGAAUUUGGUCAGAGUACGACUGAAUACCCAGAACACACAUAUGAAUUAUCCGAUGGAGGAUUUGGAGGUUCGACUUCAGAAGACUCGGGUGAAUUUACGAAAGGGUCCACCGAGGAUUGGUUGCCGGGUGUGGAUGUGACCACAGAGCAUUUGGACGAUUUCACAGAUGGAGUGACGGAAGAAUUUGGUCAGAGUACGACUGAAUACCCAGAACACACAUAUGAAUUAUCCGAUGGAGGAUUUGGAGGUUCGACUUCAGAAGACUCGGGUGAAUUUACGAAAGGGUCCACCGAGGAUUGGUUGCCGAGUGUGGAUGUGACCACAGAGCAUUUGGACGAUUUCACAGAUGGAGUGACGGAAGAAUUUGGUCAGAGUACGACUGAAUACCCAGAACACACAUAUGAAUUAUCCGAUGGAGGAUUUGGAGGUUCGACUUCAGAAGACUCGGGUGAAUUUACAAAAGGGUCCACCGAGGAUUGGUUGCCGGGUGUGGAUGUGACCACAGAGCAUUUGGACGAUUUCACAGAUGGAGUGACGGAAGAAUUUGGUCAGAGUACGACUGAAUACCCAGAACACACAUAUGAAUUAUCCGAUGGAGGAUUUGGAGGUUCGACUUCAGAAGACUCGGGUGAAUUUACGAAAGGGUCCACCGAGGAUUGGUUGCCGGGUGUGGAUGUGACCACAGAGCAUUUGGACGAUUUCACAGAUGGAGUGACGGAAGAAUUUGGUCAGAGUACGACUGAAUACCCAGAACACACAUAUGAAUUAUCCGAUGGAGGAUUUGGAGGUUCGACUUCAGAAGACUCGGGUGAAUUUACGGAAGGGUCCACCGAGGAUUGGUUGCCGGGUGUGGAUGUGACCACAGAGCAUUUGGACGAUUUCACAGAUGGAGUGACGGAAGAAUUUGGUCAGAGUACGACUGAAUACCCAGAACACACAUAUGAAUUAUCCGAUGGAGGAUUUGGAGGUUCGACUUCAGAAGACUCGGGUGAAUUUACGGAAGGGUCCACCGAGGAUUGGUUGCCGGGUGUGGAUGUGACCACAGAGCAUUUGGACGAUUUCACAGAUGGAGUGACGGAAGCAUUUGGUCAGAGUACGACUGAAUACCCAGAACACACAUAUGAAUUAUCCGAUGGAGGAUUUGGAGGUUCGACUUCAGAAGACUCGGGUGAAUUUACGAAAGGGUCCACCGAGGAUUGGUUGCCGGGUGUGGAUGUGACCACAGAGCAUUUGGACGAUUUCACAGAUGGAGUGACGGAAGAAUUUGGUCAGAGUACGACUGAAUACCCAGAACACACAUAUGAAUUAUCCGAUGGAGGAUUUGGAGGUUCGACUUCAGAAGACUCGGGUGAAUUUUCGAAAGGGUCCACCGAGGAUUGGUUGCCGGGUGUGGAUGUGACCACAGAGCAUUUGGACGAUUUCACAGAUGGAGUGACGGAAGAAUUUGGUCAGAGUACGACUGAAUACCCAGAACACACAUAUGAAUUAUCCGAUGGAGGAUUUGGAGGUUCGACUUCAGAAGACUCGGGUGAAUUUACGGAAGGGUCCACCGAGGAUUGGUUGCCGGGUGUGGAUGUGACCACAGAGCAUUUGGACGAUUUCACAGAUGGAGUGACGGAAGAAUUUGGUCAGAGUACGACUGAAUACCCAGAACACACAGAUGAAUUAUCCGAUGGAGGAUUUGGAGGUUCGACUUCAGAAGACUCGGGUGAAUUUACGGAAGGGUCCACCGAGGAUUGGUUGCCGGGUGUGGAUGUGACCACAGAGCAUUUGGACGAUUUCACAGAUGGAGUGACGGAAGCAUUUGGUCAGAGUACGACUGAAUACCCAGAACACACAUAUGAAUUAUCCGAUGGAGGAUUUGGAGGUUCGACUUCAGAAGACUCGGGUGAAUUUACGAAAGGGUCCACCGAGGAUUGGUUGCCGAGUGUGGAUGUGACCACAGAGCAUUUGGACGAUUUCACAGAUGGAGUGACGGAAGAAUUUGGUCAGAGUACGACUGAAUACCCAGAACACACAUAUGAAUUAUCCGAUGGAGGAUUUGGAGGUUCGACUUCAGAAGACUCGGGUGAAUUUACAAAAGGGUCCACCGAGGAUUGGUUGCCGAGUGUGGAUGUGACCACAGAGCAUUUGGACGAUUUCACAGAUGGAGUGAUGGAAGAAUUUGGUCAGAGUACGACUGAAUACCCAGAACACACAUAUGAAUUAUCCGAUGGAGGAUUUGGAGGUUCGACUUCAGAAGACUCGGGUGAAUUUACGAAAGGGUCCACCGAGGAUUGGUUGCCGGGUGUGGAUGUGACCACAGAGCAUUUGGACGAUUUCACAAAUGGAGUGACCGAAGAAUUUGGUCAGAGUACGACGGAAUACCCAGAACACACAUAUGAAUUAUCCGAUGGAGGAUUUGGAGGUUCGACUUCAGAAGACUCGGGUGAAUUUACGGAAGGGUCCACCGAGAAUUGGUUGACGGGUGUGGAUGUGACCACAGAGCAUUUGGACGAUUUCACAGAUGGAGUGACGGAAGAAUUUGGUCAGAGUACGACUGAAUACCCAGAACACACAUAUGAAUUAUCCGAUGGAGGAUUUGGAGGUUCGACUUCAGAAGACUCGGGUGAAUUUACGGAAGGGUCCACCGAGGAUUGGUUGCCGAGUGUGGAUGUGACCACAGAGCAUUUGGACGAUUUCACAGAUGGAGUGACGGAAGAAUUUGGUCAGAGUACGACUGAAUACCCAGAACACACAUAUGAAUUAUCCGAUGGAGGAUUUGGAGGUUCGACUUCAGAAGACUCGGGUGAAUUUACGAAAGGGUCCACCGAGGAUUGGUUGCCGAGUGUGGAUGUGACCACAGAGCAUUUGGACGAUUUCACAGAUGGAGUGACGGAAGAAUUUGGUCAGAGUACGACGGAAUACCCAGAACACACAUAUGAAUUCUCCGAUGGAGGAGUUGGAGGUGCGACUUCAGAAGACUCGGGUGAAUUUACGGAAGGAACCACCGAAGACUGGUUCUCAGGAGAGGAGGUGACUACAGAUGAUUACGGUGAAUUCACACAUGGAGUUACCGAAGAAUUUGGUCAGAGUACGACGGAAUACCCAGAACACACAAAUGAAUUCUCCAAUGGAGUAGUUGGAGGUGAGACCACGGAUGCAUCGGGUGAAUCCACGCAAGAAACAACCGAAGACUGGUUCUCAGGAGAGGAGGUGACUACAGAUGAUUACGGUGACUUCACACAUGGAGUUACCGAAGAAUUUGGUCAGAGUACGACGGAAUACCCAGAACACACAAAUGAAUUCUCCAAUGGAGUAGUUGGAGGUGAGACCACGGAUGCAUCGGGUGAAUCCACGCAAGAAACAACCGAAGACUGGUUCUCAGGAGAGGAGGUGACUACAGAUGAUUACGGUGACUUCACCCAUGGAGUUACCGAAGAAUUUGGUCAGAGUACGACGGAAUACCCAGAACACACAAAUGAAUUCUCCAAUGGAGUAGUUGGAGGUGAGACCACGGAUGCAUCGGGUGAAUCCACGCAAGAAACAACCGAAGACUGGUUCUCAGGAGAGGAGGUGACUACAGAUGAUUACGGUGAAUUCACACAUGGAGUUACCGAAGAAUUUGGUCAGAGUACGACGGAAUACCCAGAACACACAAAUGAAUUCUCCAAUGGAGUAGUUGGAGGUGAGACCACGGAUGCAUCGGGUGAAUCCACGCAAGAAACAACCGAAGACUGGUUCUCAGGAGAGGAGGUGACUACAGAUGAUUACGGUGACUUCACACAUGGAGUUACCGAAGAAUUUGGUCAGAGUACGACGGAAUACCCAGAACACACAAAUGAAUUCUCCAAUGGAGUAGUUGGAGGUGAGACCACGGAUGCAUCGGGUGAAUCCACGCAAGAAACAACCGAAGACUGGUUCUCAGGAGAGGAGGUGACUACAGAUGAUUACGGUGAAUUCACCCAUGGAGUUACCGAAGAAUUUGGUCAGAGUACGACGGAAUACCCAGAACACACAAAUGAAUUCUCCAAUGGAGUAGUUGGAGGUGAUACCACUUAUGAUUCGGGUGAUUUUGCGGAAGGUUCAAAGGAGGAUGUGUUCCCGGGUUUGAAGUUGACCACAAAGGUUUACGAAUAUUUCACAGAAGGAUUUACACAUGAUGUUGGUCAGCGUGCAACUGACUAUUCAGAAGCAACGGAUACUGACUCUGAUAAAGUAGUUGUUGGUGAGACGGAGGGAACGACCGAAAACUGGCUGACAGUAGAGGAGGUGACUACAGAGGCUUUCGUUGACUUCACAAAUGUAGUGCCUGACAAAUUUGAUCAGAAUACGACGGUUUACGGAGAACACACAAAUGAAUUAUCCGAUGGAGGAUUUGGGGGUGAGUCUACGGAUGAAUCGGGUGAAUCCACGCAAGAAACAACCGAGGACUGGUUCUCAGGAGAGGAGGUGACUACGGACGCUUUCGACGAUUUCACAGUUGGCGUGACCGACGAGGUCGAUGUGAAUACGACGGAGUACCCUGAACGUACUGAUGAUUUCACUGAUGAUUUGAGCGUAACUGAGAGUGAUAAUAUUUCUGGAAUUUACACCAAUUUAACAACCGUGGGAAUGGCCACGGAACCUUUUAUCUCUGUUGGCGACCUUGAUCAGUUGUUGCCACUUAAUGUCGGAGUAUAA